AUCUGAUGAACAUUAUCAACAAAUCAGCUCUUUAUUCCUUCAAGGACGGUAUUGGGCAGCUGACGGACGCACUUGUCAAAGACUUGAGAAACAGGUCGAAUGUGGAACUCAAGGCUGGCAGUCGCGUGAGUGAAUUGAAAUUUGGAGACGCAAAUGAGGUCGAGAUAACAACAAGCAGCGGAAAAUUCAAAGGAGAUCACGUUAUAAGCACCAUUCCGACAUAUGAACUGGCCAAGCUACUUCCAACGCUACCACAUCUCGAAUACAAUCCCUUUGUCACAGUUGGUGUUGUCAAUGUUGCAUAUGCGCAACGAAACUUGUUGCCUAUCAGGGGAUUUGGUUUUUUGGUCCCACAGGCCACUCCAAAUAACCAUUAUCAUGUUCUUGGUAUUAUCUUUGAUUCAGAUGCAAUGCCUUCCCAAGAUCACCCCAAUGAUAAUUAUACAAAAGUAACUGUUAUGCUUGGAGGACAUUAUUAUGAUUCACUUGAAGAAGAAGAGUUUCCUAAUGAAGAAGAGUUAUUGUGUCAAGCACUUCAAACAAUAGAAAAUACACUGGGAAUUUAUGCAACCCCGGCAGAAUAUGUGGCGAAAUUGCAACGAAAAUGUAUUCCACAAUAUUAUGUCAACCAUCAUUCAAGACUCAAAGAAUUGCACAAUGCGAUCAAGGAAAAUUUCAAGAAUAAAUUGAGUGUUUGUGGAUCGAGUUACUGGGGGGUUAGCAUCAACGACUGUGCCGUUAACUCUGCAAGAUUGGCUUUAAAUUUACUUGAAGACAAGCCGCCAGGGGUAGUUGUCACCGGCUUAGAAAGAGUGGAAAAGGCGUAG